AUGUCCUUGCAAGAGGAGGAUAACCAAGAGAGGGUUAUUAUUGAUCAAGAAUGGAUUGAAGAACUGGAAGGAGCUUUGGCAUGGUUCUGUCUCAUUGGCAAGUCGUUGGCCAAGAAACAACCCAACCUGGAAGCUUUGAAGGCGGUGAUGAGCAAGGUCUGGAAUGUUGAAUCAGGCUUCCAAGUAAAGGAGUUUAAUAAGGCAUUAUUGGCACUGAAUGAGUAUGAUGGCUUUCAAUCCCCAGAGUCUGUCCAAUUUGAGGUAUGUCCCUUUUGGCUUUGUAUCUAUGGCCUUCCUCUUAACAUGAUGAAUGAAAAAAUAGGAAUUGCAGUUGGGGAGACUGUAGGACCUGUUCUUGAAUUUGAUGAAGAUUGGGGUCGUUAUUUAAGAGUUCGUGUUCAGAUGAAUUUCUGCCAAUCUCUCAAAGCUGGUACCUUAGUUUCUGCUCCAAAUGAGGAAUUGUAUGUUGAUUUCCGAUUUGAAAAAUUACUCGACUAUUGUUGGGUGUGUGGCCUUCUCGACCAUCUGGAUAAUGAUUUUCCGGUGACAGUUUCAUUGAGGAAAAAUCAUCAGAUAGUGAAGAAGAAGUACACCUGCAACCUCAAAGCUGAAUUUCCUCCAGUUACUCCGGCUAAGGAACCUGCUUCGAGCCACAGGAGAGGGGGAUCAGCAGCAUCAGUCUCACCUGUUUUGAGAGCUGGAAGAGAGGUGGGUAAUAUUGGACCAGCGGGGAGUAGGUCAGUCCCUUCUAAGUCCAUCAACGGAGGUGGGCCGGUGAGAAAUCACGCUGAUAGCCCUGCACUGUAUGGCAGACGGGCGGCGCGUGCUCUACAAUUUGAUGAAGCAUCGUGUGAGAUUAUUUACCGUAUGAAUGGGAAUCUGGUUAGGCAACAACCGAAUUUGAAGGAGGGUCAGGGACAAAGUCAACAACGUGGGAAUGGAGGAAAAGUGGUUGCUGGUUUGUCGGUUGACUCCGCAAGAAGAGGAAUUUUAAGUAAGAUGGGUGCGACUUUAAAGGAAAAUUUGUUGGUAGAAGGAGAAGGUGAGUUUCGUGGGGUGGCAGCGGUUAAUGAUGUGGACAGUUCUAAUAACUCUCAAUAUCCUGAUGAUUAUAUUCCCCUAAUUGAUAAUAUGGGGUGUGGGUCUUUUAUUGGGGCUGAAAUUAUAGGUGCACAAUCCAUCCCAGGUGUUGGGCUUUCAUCUAUUGGCCCAACAUCAGGUGCAGUUCGAUCCAAGAGUAUGGGUUUGCAAGCUGAACUUCAGAGGAGAGCUAAUGCAAAAUCAGGUUCGACUGGGGCUACUCGUCAACAGAGAGCAAACAAUGUUCAGCAGGGAGACGAACCUUAUGAUCCGGAUGCCCCCUAUGUCUUUUGUGCUGAAGCUUCAGAGGGAACCAAAAUUCGAAAAUGGAAGAAGACAGCCCACACAGCUCAGUCGGCUUCAGUUGAUUUGCUCUUCCAUGAGACCAUGAGAAGUGUUGGCGCUGCUGAUCUUCGGGAGGAUGAAGCUGACUCAGGGAAUAUGAAGCAUCGUAGUAGUAAUCAAAUGGAAUGGAUUAAAGUCCGUUUGGGCUAUCAUUGUUGUUUUGUUGUUGAUAGUAGAGGUAGAUUAGGAGGGCUUGCUUUGUUGUGGAUGGCUAAUGAUUGUAUUUCGUUAUUGUCUUAUUCUUUUUACCACAUUGAUGUUGCUAUUGGUUCUGAUAUGGCAACACAAUGGCGAUUUACAGGGUUUUAUGGUAGACCUGAAACAUCUAGGAGACAUGAAUCAUGGUCUCUGUUAAGGAACUUAGGGGAUCAAUACUCUCUGCCCUGGUUAUGUGCUGGGGAUUUUAAUGAGUUAAAAUCUAAUUUGGAGAAAGAAGGAGGUAGUGUGAGAUCCCCUAGACAAAUGGAGUUAUUUAAUGAGGUUAUUGGUGACUGUAAUUUUAGGGAAUUGCCUGUGCAAGGCCUUUUGAUGACUUCGUGCCGUAACAAAAAUGGUGAAUUAUUGUUUGAAAGAUUGGACAGAAGUAUGGCUAAUCCAGCUUGGUGGGAUCGAUUUGGAUAUUCUAUUGAGAAGCAUUUGAGUUACAGAGGAGAUGCGUGUCCACUUAGAGGAGAAAUUUACUGCCGAUCGAGGAAGUCAAACAAGCAGUAUUCCAAAUGUCAGGCUCGAAAGCUCGAGGCCCGGAUGGAUUAUCACUUGCGUUUUUUCAGCGUUGUUGGCAAUGAUGUUACGGAUUUUGUGCUUGAUUUCUUAAAUAAUGGUUCUCCUCUUUCGAAUGUGAAUCAUACAAACAUUGUCCUUAUUCCAAAAUUGGAUUCUCCUCGUUUUGCUAAGGACUAUCGACCGAUAAGUCUGUGCAAUGUCAUCUUCAAAAUUGUUUCGAAAGUUCUUGCAAAUAGAUUGAAGGAUAUUCUUCCAGAAUUAAUUGGAGAGAAUCAAAGUGCCUUCGUGCCUAAGCGAAUGAUAUAUGAUAAUGCGAUGAUAGCUUUCGAAACUAUCCAUUUUAUGAGAAAUAAAAGGCGAGGUCGAAAGCAUCACAUGGCUUUGAAGCUGGACCUUAGCAAGGCCUAUGAUCUUGUUGAAUGGGGUUUCUUGCGUGACUCAAUGCGUGCUAUGGGCUUCCCAGAUCGGUGGAUUUCGUUGGUCAUGGAGUGUGUUGAAACUGUUUCCUAUUCAGUACUGGUGAAUGAUAAACAAGGAGAGACUUUCCACCCGACGAGAGGUAUAAGACAAGGUGACCCAUUAUCGCCUUACUUGUUUCUCUUAUGUAUGGAGGGUCCAUCUUCCAUGUUUUCUUCUGGAAGUAGGUCAGGUUUUAUCCAUGGUAUCUCUAUCUCAAGAUCUGCUCCGAAAGUUUCUCAUUUAUUCUUUGCAGACGAUAGCAUUUUGUUCUUACAGGCUUCAAGGAAGGAAUGUGAGGCAAUGAUUUCUCUGCUUAAUUUAUUUGAGGCUGCCUCUGGUCAGAAAAUUAAUAUUGAUAAAUCAUCGAUUUUAUUUAGUGCAAACACACCGUUGGCUAUUCAGAAUAAGGUGAUGAGUUAUCUUGGAAUCCAGCGGAAUCCAGAUACUUUGUGUACUCGAGUACUUCGAGCUAAGUACUAUCCUCGAGGAGACUUUCUACAUGCUACACUUGAGUCAAGUCCUUCUUUCCUUUGGAGAAGUUUGAUGGCAGGUCGGAGGGUCAUCAUCGCAGGGUCUCGUUUUCGAGUAGGGGAGGGGAAUUUGGAUAUUUGGAAGGACAGGUGGAUUGCCAAACCACCAUCCUUUCGGCCCUCUCCUAGGAUUGAGACUGUUGUACCCGAUUUGAAGGAAGAUGCUUCUCGCAUAUUGGGGUUGGCAAUACCUAGACAUCCAGUUCGUGAUUGCUUAAUCUGGAAUGCCACUAGGAUGGGGGAAUUCUCAGUUAAAUCUGCUUAUUAUGUGGCAAGGGAUGUGCUUCGAAGAGCUGAUUCACUUCAAGGGCCUCGGCAGCAGACUUGGAAACUAGUUUGGUCUUCGCAAAUCAUGCCUAAGAUUCAUUUCUUCACAUGGCGUUUGAUAUGGAAUAUUUUGCCUACAAAAGGUAAUCUUGUCUUUCGGGGUUUGGAUGUUCCACAAUUGUGUGAAGUAUGUGGAAAGCAGCCAGAAUCGGUUUUCCAUGUCUUCUUUAGAUGCAAAUUUAGUGAGUUGGUAUGGGACCGAGUUGGUCCUUGUGUUAAUCUGACACUUGAUCAAUGGAAUUCUGAUGGAGAUUGGUGGGAUUUUUUCAUAGCAAAAGCAACUUCAAUUGGUCAGCUUGAUAAGGUUUUAAUUACCUUGUGGCUAAUUUGGAAUAAUCGGAACAAAGCUUUGUAUGAACAGCUGACUUGGAUUCCUCCUCCAAUGGGGAUUGUCAAGAUUAAUACAGAUGUUGCAUUUUGCAGCAGUUCAGGGGAAGCGGGAUUGGGAGUAGUCAUCCGAGAUAGCGCUGGCAAGAUCAUUAUUUGUGCCUCUCGUUGCCUCAAUUUCAUUGCUGAUUCUUUGUAUGCUGAAGUACAUGCAUUACUUUUUGGGUUUGAACUUGCAAUUGAACAUGGGAUUGAACGUUGCAUUUUUGAAAGUGAUUCAUUGCUGCCUAUCACCCAAAUUAAUAAGAAGGAUCCCAUCUUUUGGGAAGGGGGUCAUCUUAUUGAGGAAAUUAGAGACUUAGCUACCUUAUUUGAUGAUUAUACUUUUCAAUUUGUUCAUAGGGAAGCUAAUAUUUUAGCACAUAAUCUAGCUAAUUUGUGGCAGGAUUGUGUGUGGUGUGGGACUAUUCCUCCCGGCGUUUUGUAA